AACAGGCCACCAUGAAGGAGACAGCUUUCAUGUUCCUUCUCUGGAUGACUGUGUGGGAUUCUGCUACAGUCUGCGUCACAGUUUCCCCUGAUAGAUCUCAGUUCUUUAAAUACGGCACGUUCUCUGUGAGCUGCGAGGACGAGGACGCGGGGCCGGCUGGCUGGAGGGUGAUGAAGAGGAUGAAGGACGGACAGGGGCGUUGGUAUCCGUCCCCGUGGUCCGUCCCUGCAGCCUUCCCCGCCACAGAUAGCGGCGUUUACUGGUGUGAAAGUGAGCAGGGAGCAGCGGGAGAGGAGGUCAACAUCACCGUCACGGACGGUCCAGUGAUCCUGCAGACUCCGGUCCGUCCUCUGACGGAGGGGAAUAAUCUGACCCUGAACUGCAGAUGCCAAACAGCAGCGGCUGCCGGGAAAGCUGCAGCGGAUUUCUACAAAGACGGCGUCCUCGUCAAGACCAGCCUCACGAGAAACAUGACGAUUCCCAACGUUUCCUUUUCUGAUCAAGGACUUUACAGAUGUGAAAUCGUUGGGUUGGGAGAAUCUCCAGAGAGCUGGCUGACUGUCAGAGCGCCACCUGCAGGCGAGGACCCUCCAUCACUUCCAUCUGUCUUGGUAUUGCUGCGUCACCUGAUAGUGGGGACUCCUUACCUGCUGUCCACCGUCUUACUGGGACUCAUUUACAACGACAGGAAGCAACAGAGAGAGCGACGGGCCACUCUGGUGACACAAACACGCGACGUCAUCAUGCAGAUCGUCCCGUGACCACGGGCGACUUCAUCCCCGUGACCGUGCACUGGAAUAAGCGUGUUCAACACCAUGGAUACAUAGAUGGAUGUGACUGAUGUUUUCAUUGAAAUGUGUUUACAGCAGAGGUGUCAAACUCAUUUUGCUUGGCGGGCCGGAUUUGACCAAUUUUUUUCUCGCGGGCCGCACGCUCAAAAUAACAAAA